AUGGCCAAUCCUGGCAAGGAUCCGUCCAGCGGCCAGGACUUCGCUCUGCCAGGAGCUAUAGCUGCUACCGUAAACAAGCCAGGAAAACCUCCUCCAAGGGUAGCCCUUGAGCACAAAGUGUUUUCCGAAGAUGACAUUCGAGAUGCAUUCCAAUCAUUCGACUUGGACAAGAAUGGCUAUGUAUGUGAUGAGCCUACGCCCGAGAGGAUAGGGGCAAGCGAGCUCCGCCACGUUCUGUCACUCAUUGGAGAAAGAGCGAGCGACGCGGAGAUAGACGAGAUGAUAGCAAUGUGCGAUCCCGACGGCGAUGGCCAGGCUUCGUUUCCUGCCUUCCGAGCACUCUUCACUCGAGAUCCUCAUAAUAUCGAUGUCGCGAGGAAAGGGCCUCAACCACAGCCAAGGGAACUCAUCGAAGGCUCCACCCGUACCAGAGAUGCCAAGAAUACUAUGAAGGGAGAUAAUGGUCUCGGCAACAUGGGGACGUACGCCUGA